UGGCGGCAUAACCAACAACUGUUUCACAAUUUUCCUUGUUUUGAAGAUUGAUAAUAGAGUGAUUAUCGAUUCCUGAUGGAAACCAAUGUUUGAUUCAUGUUCCCUAAGAUUAUGGAUGAAAUUUUGACCGACUCUCAGAUAGAGGCAUUGAUUCCCCUCUCCGAUUGCAGUAUAGACCUGGAUGAUGUGGACGCUGACCCAGAUUUCAUUCUCAGCAGUGACGAGGAUGGUGAAUGUCGUAAAAAGGGACCUUGUCUUCCUGUUUUUUCAAGACCCGACCCAUCGGCUUUAGAAUCAUCAAGUGAUGAAGAACCUGAAGAAGUAUUACCGUCUAGUAGCACAUUGCCAACUGAACACUUACAACUACCUGAAAGCCCUCAGCCACCUGAAAGAAGCCCUCAGCCUAGUACUUCUGGUGUUUAAAAAAAAACAAUCUAAAUGUAAAACUGGAGGAAAAAAAUAUA